AACUUGAAGUCAGCCUGCUUCUAACCGGUUUGGAUCCGUUUCAAAAUCGUAGGGGAAUGAUGAUUUAUGCCGCUCCAUAAUAGGAUCCUACAGUGACACGUUUUUUUUUCCAAAUUACUACCAACAGCAGCUAUGUUACUUACUUUGGUAAUCUUGUUGGUAAAGACUGCAAGCCUGCAUAGAGUGGCUAUUCACAAUUUACAACUAUAUCAAUAUCAAAAGAACCAUAUGGCAUCGAGGACUCGUUGGCCCGAAUUCCUGAUUAGGCGCCCAAGUCUUCAAUCUCGCUUAUGUUCUUCUCCACCGAUAAUGGAUUUUCGUCUCUCAUUGAUUCUUUGCAGGUGGGUUUCGUUUGAGGGCUGAGCCGUUACGAUGCUUCCGACUUAUAAGAGGUAGGCA